AUGGCUGCUGCCGCUGUUCAACUCCCUGCCUCUCAUGGCUCUCUGCUCGCAGAAAAGCCCCAAAUUCCAGUCCCCGAGAAUCCUCACCAUGUCCAGACUACCCUCAACUUCCUCAAGGAAAACGAGGAUGGCUCGCCCCCAGCGCCUUCCUACGUAGGAAGACCAGAGACUUUCGAUAAACCUAUCACUACCCUUCCAGCGACCAUCCACGACAUCAGCGGCCAUGAGCUCGAAUACAAGCUAGAUAGCCAUGGCUUCCAGAUUUACUACCACGAAAGCCAAGAAAAGGACUUCCUGGACGAGGAGAAGAUCAAGAGGGAGUACUAUCCGGAGACAGAGCAACUGCUGAAAGACGCCACAGGCGCCUCCCGCAUCUUCAUCUUCGACCACACCAUCCGCCGCGAAUCAGCCGAUAGAUCCUUCGGCACCCAGCUCCGCGGACCUGUACAACGCGUGCACAUUGACCAGACCUACGAAGCAUCUAAGAACAGAGUCACCUUCCAUCUCCCCGAAGACGCCCCCGAACUCCUCCAGGGCCGAUACCAGAUCAUCAACGUCUGGCGUCCGAUCAAGACUAUAUUGAAAAGUCCCUUGGCGGUGGCAGAUGCCCACUCAGUGCCUGACAGUGAUCUUGUCCCUACCGGGCUCAUCUACCCGGACCGCGAGGGCGCGACAUACUCCGUCAAGCCGAAUCCGAAUAUCAAGUGGUACUAUCGCUAUGGCCAGACUCCGGAUUUGGUGACGCUGAUCAAAUGUUUCGAUUCUAAGGUUGAUGGAAGGGCUCGUCGUGUGCCUCAUACUGCUUUUGUGAAUCCCGAGACAGAGCACGAGGCUGGGAGGGAGAGUAUUGAGGUGCGGGCGUUGGUCUUCCAUCCUGAUGAUCGUGAGUAG